GCCUCUGACCAGUGUGCGCAGAGGCGAAGAGUGUACAUAUCUGUCUCCUUCUCUCUCUCUCUCACCCAAGCGGCUCUCGCACGGAGCUGCGUGGUCAUAUCGUCAUCCUCUUCUUCCUUUCUUAACUCCUCUCACCAACCUCUGUCUUCCCAAGGACUCUUCGAAGUUCAAAUCUUUACACCACCUUCUCUCUCUCUCUCUCCCUCUCCCUCUCUCUCUCUCUCUCAGAACUCGUUUCACUCUCUUAUAUAUAUACAAGUCUUCUCGUUUCUUAAGCUAAGGAAGACGUAAUUUGUUUACCAAUUAUGGGAAAAGAGGGUGGAUCUUGGGGAGGAAGAUCUUUCAACAUCAAGAGAGCUGAAGCUGAAACUCCUUCUGGUUGCACGUCUUCUUUCUUUCACUUCUUCGAUUUCCACCCUUUUCACUUGUUCCAACACCAGCCUCAAGCUUCUAAUGGCAACGACGACACUACCACUAUUAUCCCCAAAGGCACUGAAGCACCUAGGAACAGCUUGGAAUCUGAGGAUGGCACAAUUGUGGCGGGCUUGAUUUCAAAAGAAGAAAAUUUAAAAAUGGCAAAGAAUAAAUUAUCAUUCAUCAAAACUACAAGCAGUACGGGAGCUAAACUGGGAAAUCAUGUGAAUGAUCUCUCCCCAGGAACCAAGACUCCAACUUUGGUCGCCAGAUUAAUGGGUCUCGAUCUUCUUCCAGACGCACAAUCUCCACUAGCUUCUUCUUCUUCUCCUUCAUCUUCUUCAACCACUACCACCACCAAUUCUUCAGCUUCUUGUCUUUCUGCAACUAAUUCACGAGCUAAUCCACAUCUACACAACCACCAUCUCAGACCUCGGCAACACAACACGUUAAUAACAAAAGCCAGACACAGUAUGGAUGACUGUAUUGCAGCGUCUCGUUUCUUACCUGAUGCUCCAAGAAUAUCAUCAGCAAGAAGAUCAGAUGUUGAACAUAGACUGUCUCUUCAGAUCAACAAAGAGAAUAUGGGUUCUGGUGGGGAAGAUUUGGAGCUUCUCCCUCGGUUUUCAUUUUCAAAACUCAGGAUUGAAGAACAGCAGCACAGUAGCAAUAAAAGUCCAAGGCACUAUGCUAAGCAAAUUGUAAAACAGAUGAAAGAGAGUGUGAUGAGCAGGAAAGUAGGGAUUAUUGAGGUCACCAACACCGUGAAAAACAGAGAGAAGCAAGAAAGAGGAGGUGAAUUUGUGGGCCAAUUCAGGAGCAAGAAAUCUCCCAGCACGACGCCGACAUCUUCAGUGAGUAAAGAAGCAGAUGAAUUAAACAGCAGCCCGGGAAAGGUUUCAAACAACCCAUCUUGUUCCCAGAAGAGGCUCAGAUUCAUGGACCCCAAGAACAAGCUAAGGACAACGACGCCUACCCGAAAAGAUCAAAUUACAGUUUCACCACAGCCAAUCAAGUUCGAUGAUAUUCAACCACAGGUUUCAAGGGUUUCAUCAGCUAAGGCAAAGCCUCAAGCAAAAUUGGUAGAACAACAAGCUCAUCAGUUUCAAAAGCAGAAAACUUCAGUGCCUAAAUGGAAGAAAGCUGCUGAUGAAAAGUUCAGUCCUCGGCUCAAGAAACCUCUACAUACAUCAGAUAUCAUUCGAAACAAGCAAGAUGAAUCGUUUGUUCGCCCAUUAUUAUCAUCCCCUAACAGAGUCAGUGACGUAAAGAGUACUGGUAAAAGCAAAAGGAGACAUUCAAUGUUGAUCAACCUUCUCAACCUCAAUACAGUCCAAAAUAUAAAUAGUAACGCUCUUCCUGUCACCAAAAUACCUCAGAAACAGACACCGGUAUGUGAUGCCCGAGAACCAAAAUAUUGCAGUUCACAGUUAUCUAGUGGUUCGCGCCAGACUUACACGACACUGACUACUGCUGCUGCUGCUGGAGAAAGCAACGUCGACGAAGACAAACGUAAGACCAGUGGCUUCAUGUUUAAUGGUCCAGAAUUUGAGUACGUCUCAAGCAUCCUUAGCCGUACUGGUUUAGUAGUCAAAAAAGGCACCACCACCGCAACAUCAGUGUCAGUGUCCUUAAACCAUCAAUGGUUCUCCCCAACCCACCCUCUGGACCCUUCAAUUUUUCACCAUCUCGAGCAACACUUCCAGAACUACCCCACUUCCUGUAAUAUUUUCUCAGUCCUAUCCUCAUCGCAAGUUCGAAACUUGAGGACGAAGUAUGAAUUACCUCUGGGUCUGCGUUGUAAUCGGAGGUUACUGUUCGAUCUGGUUAAUGAAACAUUGUUGGAGGUUGUAGGGCCAUACGAUGAAGAAGCUGUGUGGGAGAGGAUCGCAGGGAGGUUUCAGAGCUCGAAGUGUGAGGUUCUAGAAGACAUAGAUGCGUUGAUAGAAAUGGAAGAUGUGGGGAAGACGAUGAAGGUGAAAAGUGCGGAAGCAAUGGUGGCAGAGAUUGAAGGGAACAUAAUGGACACGUUACUGCAUGAGACGGUUAGGAUAGCCACGGGCUGUUAUUGCUGGUGGUGGUACGGAAAGGACCACGACGACGCCGUUUAGCGCCGGGGGACAGGGGAAAGUGCUAGGGGGACAAGUCACGUGGGUGGUUCACGUGAUGGCCACUGGUGGGUGGUGGCGUGUGGGGCCCAUUUGAACCCUAAUUUUGACCCCUCCGACACAGCUCGCUUUCUGAUUGGCUAUUUAUUAAAAGACAAGAUUGGGCAGAGGAAUCCAAUCCUCCGUCCUUGAGCUUCGUACACAGGCUCUAGCUUAGUGAUGUUUAUUAUAAUUAGUUCUUACUAUUUUUUCUUACUUUGUUAUCUCUGUAGCAUUCAAUUUAUCCAUUUAUAAUCCUGCAUGGAUGGGUCAUAGCUUGUGAAAAUUUAAGAAAUUUCAUUAUUUAUUUUUCUUUUUUCA